UCUCCAUAAAUAUCUGACAAGAGGUGGCAGAACCUUGCCACCAUAUACUAUCUGUUUUGAGUUUGUAGAACAGUUUGUAGCGGUUUAAUGAUAAAAGGAUACGUAUUAGCAAUGUAGAUUGAAUAUAUCUAUUGAUUGGUAUACUAGUCUAUGUUGGCUACAAACAGUCUUCAAUCCUAGUCAAAAUGUAGGACGAUAUAAUGCAGCCUAUUUAUGCAAUGUUUGUAUACUAUAGUGUAAUAUCAGUGCGCCGGUAUUAAACGCGUACUUUCAGUUUCACAUGUUUUGGAUUAUUUCUGACCUGUUUGGAAGUCUACCAGAACACCAUGCAGACUAGCUCAAUCGUAGCGUCCGUGGCGAUAAGUUGUCUCUUGAAUUCAGUUUGGGACUUUUUCAAAGACGCGGCCAGUGAUUGUCAUUUACCAGAGACGAACUCAAGUCAACUGUAUGAUUUGAAACUACAAAUCCUCAAGAAUGAAAAAGUUAUCACUGAAACAUUACAAGGAAAUAUUACAGCUUUGGAGGCGAAGGUAACACAUACACGUGAAACAACGAUGGAAGAGUGCCAAAAGGUCGCACAGAAUUCAGUGCAGACGAACAAAACACAGAUGCUUGCCUUGCGAGAAAUGCAAGAGAAACAACUUAAGUAUAUUGCAGAUCAAGAGAACAGACUUCACUUAAAGGGUGUUACUAUUGCUAACAUUGAAAAGAAAAUCGAUUUUUUGGAAAGUAAAGUCUUAGAAUUUACAAAUUCACCCAAUGAAGGAACAAGCACAGGUGAAUCUUCAUGGUUCCUGAUCCCAUUUGCUCAACAGUCACAAGCAUACCUACCAGUUACAUUAUUCAUACUGUCACUUGGAGAGUUUGUUCUAUUGUUGCUGGUAUGUUUGCCCAGGAGGGUCAAACCAGUUUCCCCAGCUCCGCACGUGACAAUAGACACCAUAAAGAAUGGUAAACCAAAACGUCCACGAAGGGACAAGUAAAUUUUACAAAACCAGAUCAGAGUAUUUCAAAGCAAGAAUGAGCGCAUUAAGGUUGUGUCAUAACAUCCGCGUCAAUAUACUAGUAUACAGGACAAUAUACUCCUUAUAUAUGAUGUGCCACAGUGCAAACAUGCAAUGAAAACAGACCGAGUGUUGCUAUUGAUUGUACAAAGCCAAAAGGAAAAAAAUAUAUUUUCAGUUUGAUGUUAAAAAUAAGAAUUGUUAUUGUACAACAUAUUUGUAAUUAUUAAGAUUGUGAAGGCAACUGCUGAGAUUAAGUAUUGACUUUGCGUCUAUCUGUAUUUAGAUUUUAUUUUUAUUUGACGUUUUUACUUGUACAAAUGAAUCGAAAAAAAGUGACUGUAAAUUGAUUUAUAUUUUCAAUUUUUUAGUUGGUUUCAGUUCAGUUUUUCUUUCAGUAAAAAAACACAUAUCAUUGUCGAUGGUACAGGUAUAUUAAAUGUACCGAUACCUCCAUUUACAGUAGUGGUGUUUUGUGAGCGUGGUAUGUAGUUUCCUUAUGCUAGUAUUUUCAGUGAUAAAGCUAAUACUGUCAAAAAUGGUGUUAGUGAUAUAUAAAUUCACAAUAAAUGGUCCAAUAAAAGCAGACCAGAGUCAUUCAAUCAUCGUUUUGAAAAAUUUUGGGAUUUUUUAUUUACAUACAACGGGCCUUGUCCAACAGUCAGAUAAAUAGUUUAUGUGUCUUUGUUCUUGUUGUGUUUAAUACUUUUAGUUUUAUAUUGUUAGACUGAUUUUCAACUGGCUUUAAUAUAGGUUGAUUAACAUUUCCUUCUUAAAUAACGAAGUGGAACAUAGUAGUUUUUAAGAUAUGAAUUAUAAAUUAACCUCACAAUAUUCAAAUUAGGUUGCCUGGAAUUUCCUAAUAAUGAUUACAUGUAUGUAGAAGAGUUUUUAUCUCAGUUUUGCUUUAGAUUUGUUUGUCUUGAUAUGUAAAAUUGAAUCCACUAAUAUUUCUCCCCUUUUCACCUCAGUAAUGGUAUAAACAAAAUUUUAAUAUAAAAGUUCAUCAGAAUUGCUUGUUACUGUAUCAGUUUUUCAAACUAACAAACAGCAUCGGGCGUCUAUAUGUUGUGCUUGUAAUAUAAAUGGAUUUAAAACUUCUUACUGCUUUCUUUUCUUAUCAAUUUUAGUAAUUUUCUACUUACUUUAGAUGAAUUUUAUGUAGACAUAUGUAUAUCUGUAUAAAAACUUGGGCGUAUCUCCCCGACCGUGCCUCUGAGGGGAAAUGCUUGAACUAUUCACAAAUUAUAACCUUUCUUUUGCUCAAAGGAUUUUGUAAAACAAUUGCUAUGUAUUUCUACA